AUGGCAGAACUAAAGCAGCUGUUAAAGGAUGCCAAGAAUGCACUAGCUAGCGAGGACUAUGAACAGUCUAUUGAGAAGUCGAAAGAGGUUCUAAAUCUUGAUAAAAACAAUUAUUUUGCUCAUGUCUUUCUUGGAAAGGCAUUUUCGUGCACCGGCGACUUGGCGCAGUCUAAGAAGCACUACAAGGCCGCCAUUGAUAUGGACCCCGGAAAUAUGUUGGCAUGGAAGGGGAUUUUCAUGCUCUUUAGAACAGCCAACAUUGCUCCCACGAUUGUGUCGUUUGAUGAGUUUUUUGACUUAUGUGGAGAAUACGCCGAACACCUUGUCCAGCAGCAGCUGCCCAUGGUGGAUCUGGUUAACGACAUCAGGAACUUCAAAAACUUUUACAGAGACUGUCAGGAAUCAUAUUUAAGACACAUGCGCCCAGGGACACCAAUGGCGGAGCGCUUGUCGCGGCACCUGAUAACCCCACAGGAUGCCCUUCAAGGUCUACUCAACAUAGUCUCGGCCGAAGAGCAGCAACAAGUGUCCAAACUCGUCAGUCGGGAAAGGCUCAAAAUAAGUGCUAACCAGCCUGAUUACAACUUAAAAGUAAAUUCCAUCGCGUGGCAAGUUUAUCAAGACUCAGAGAUCGACGAGCUCUAUCAACAGCUCAUUAACAUAACAGAUGACGACGAGAAAAGGCGGGGUCUUGAGUCUAAAUGGCUAGAGUACAGAAUAAGGGUGCUUAAGUCGAUGCCUGCGGAUAUAAAGCAUCAUUUCUUUACAAAAGUCAGGAAUAUGGUCGAAGAUAUGGUGGUGGUUGACCAUGACUUCCUGCUUGCGUGGCAGCUUUACUUUGAAUGGCAGGACUAUUCGGACCUAGACUGUAUGGACGUGAACGUCAUUUCAAAGUUUCUCAAGAAGUUUCCUAAGGAGCCUUUGGCGGCAGUACUUUAUGCCUGGGUUUGUUCAGAACAAUCAAGUUACAACUCUAAGGAGUUUUAUGAAAAGACUUUCCAAGGUGAGGAUACCGACAAUUCGGGUACUUCCUCAGUUGAUAGCAUAAACGACGUGGUCGAAGAUGGCAUGGACGAAUCUGAAAAGCGUAGGCUCCAGCAGUUAGUGGAUCCAUCGAUGGAGGAAGCAACAUUCGGUCUGUCGGAAGACGAAGUCCUUCUCUCGCUUACUGAAAAUAUCAAAAAGACCCAACAAAGUAUAGUCGCGCACCGCAUCGUCUCUCAUUAUUACGUAUCAACGAGGGAAUAUGAAUCAGCUUUACACUACACUAAGGCAGGUAUUGUACUUUGCGCACAAAGUGUCAAAAACAUGGGUGCACACCUAAGCAACUCUAAAAGAGAAUUGACUUUAGAUCUGGCGACUACAUAUACCUACUUUGAAGCGCCGAAAAACCACCCAACUGCCCUAGCCUUGUUUGAAAAGCUUCUCACAGAAAAUUCGGACAAUGUGCACGCAAAAAUGGGAAAAGGUCUGAUAGCAAUCGAACGCAGGAACUGGCAAGAAGCGUAUGAGCUUCUCAAAGAGGUAACUGAAAGAUAUCCGGACAAUUACGAAGUUCUCUCAGAAUUUGCAUGGAGUGAGCUUCAUUUGGAUGCCCCAGAUGCAGCCAUUGAAAGGUUCAAAUAUAUCCUGAACAACGUCGAAGGUUCUGACUUGAAGGUACUCGAGUUCAGAUCAUUGAACCACUGGAGAAUGGCGAAAGGUUAUGUCUACAAACAGCACGGGGAAAUUAAUGCCGGAGAGAGCUCUGAAAAAGAAUAUAUCAAGCUUGCAUUUAAACAGCUAGUUCAAGCCGUCAAAACGUCUGAGAAUUUUGCGCCUGGUUAUUCGACAUUGGGUGAUAUAUAUUCCGAAUACUAUCAAGAUCCGACCAGAGCCUUCAAGUGUUACUUCAAAUCUUUCGAGAUGGAUCCUAGUGAUUUGACUGCCGCUAGGUACAUGUGCGAAAAGUACUGUGGUUCCUGUGAUUGGCAAUCUGCGUCACUGAUAGCGGAACGUGUUGUAAAAGCAGAGAAGUCUAAAAGCAUUCUACAAAACGUCAAUUGGCCUUAUCGCGUUUUAGGUAUUGCACACCUCGAAAAACAAGCCGAAUCAGAGUCUAUUGAAUGGUUCCAAUCUGCGCUACGUGUUGAGCCUGCUGAUUUGGAGUCUUGGCUUGGUCUCGGUCAGGCAUAUUAUAGCUGUGGGAGGGUGGAGGCAUCAGUCAAGGUCUUUGAGAAGGCCCUUGAAGUUAGCCCCGGCAAUGCGUACGCCCACUACUUCAAAGCCCUUUCAUUGUCAAAGAUGGGGCUCUAUGAUGAGAGCAUUGAAAUUUUCCGAGAGCUCACAGCUGAGCACCCCGACGAGGAAAGCUACCAGGUUUCCAUGGUUGAAGUCCUGGUUGAGCACUGUAAUGUGCUUUGUUCUCAAGGCUUUUUGACAAGAUCGGUUGCUGCUGCUGCCGAUGCUAUUCGCAAGAUAGAGUCUAUUGUUUUGCAUAUUGACUACAAAAUUCAUGGCAUGUGGCUAUCGCUCUCCAACGCGCUCAGGGUGAUUUGUUUGGUACAAUCACAGGUUCAUUUGUUACCUUUGGAAAGCUUGGUAAAUAUUUUUGAGGUGGCAGAACUUCGCAAUACUGAUGAAAUCGAUAAAAUAGAUCAUGUCACGCUUUCGGGGCUGUUGUCCGACCUCGAACAAGACAACGUUGCAAUUGCUGCGCAAUUCCUUGUCUUGUCCGGCAAACAUGCCAUCGCAUGCUCCGACUACGCUUCGUUGCCCCGGACCGUAAGAGCCUCCUUGUGGUACAACCUAGGAAUAGUUGAACUAAUGGCGUUUGUGAUACUGAAGUCAAACUCCCAUCGGGAUGCCGCGAUUGAAAGUUUCAAGAAGUCAAUUGAGUAUCAAUCCAACACGGCAGAGGCUUGGAUUGGUUUUGGAAUAGCUUCUAUUGACCUAAACGUCAGAGUUGCGCAGCACUGUUUUAUCAAAGCCACAGCGCUGAAUCCGAGGGAAACGAGUGUAUGGUACGAUAUGGCUAUUCUAGCCUUAAGAUACAACGAUGUUGCUUUCGCACGUGCCGUUUUGAUGAAGUCUCAAAGCAUUGCGCCACAAGACUCUACUCCGUGGUUUGGCCUUGCUCUUGCGUCCGAGAAAGAAGGCUUGACACAAGACAGUGCGCGACUAUUUGCACAUUCAUUUGUUCUGUCAAACGGGAAGUCAAAAGGUGCCCAAUUAUUGUACGCUAAGAGCGUGUUGAAAACAAGAAUUGGAAGCGGUGAUGAUGAGAGGGAUAUAGGACCUGGUCAGGAGCUGAGCGCUGUAGCUUAUGGCUUAGAUGAUUAUUUGAAAAAGAACCCAGAUGACAAAUUUGCCCUACAAUGCGCUAUACUCACUCUUGAGAGACUACGCAAUUAUGCAGCGGCGCGUAAACUUUCUGACCGCCUUCUGGACAUACUUGAGAAACGGUUCGAAAAGGCACAAGAUGAUUCCGAGUUGUUUCAUUUUGCCAUUGUGAAGUCGCAACUUGCUCGUGUCUAUCUUGGUCUAAAAGAUUACGAGACGGCAAUCGAAAGUGCAGACUUAUCGUUGGGUAUUCUUGCCGAGCACAACAACGAGGUAGCGGAGAAGUGUAUUACCUCAAACCAUGCCGUGAUGGGACUAGCUUCUUUUUUCCUGGAUGACUUCGAUCAGACUCUAGAACACUUCAAAGUCUUGCUUGACCGCCCAGGGGAAUCAAAGCAACUAGUGAUAUUGGUUGCUAAGAUUCUCUACAACGUUGAGUCAGAAGAGACUCGCGAAGUUGCCCUCAAGGAAUUGGUGGAUUAUAUUAACUCCAACGGUCCAGACCUGACUGUUACGCUCACAAUCGCAGUGAUUUCGCUCUUGGAGGGUAUUCCAGAUGACAUGCGCGCUAUCUUGUCGGAACUGAAGAGCCUGCCCUUGAGUGAUAUGAUAUCUGACAGACACCGCGACAUUCCAUUUUUGAUCCAGCAGCUCAAUACAAAGCUUUCCCAAGACUGCGAAAGUCAGCAGCAAUGGCAAAGAACUGCGUUUUUCUUUCCAAAUGACAGUGGAUCCUGGGGCUCACUGGACAAGAAGAUAAGAGCACGUAUCGCAGCUGGCGGACAGAAUAAGGUCCCUGCCAGGAAGAUGAGCGAGUUCUAUAGCAGUUUAGGGAACUUGUCCAAAAUUCAAAGGUCAAUCUUCCUCUGUCCUUGGAACAAGGAAGCACUCUCUAGCUUGAAAGGGUGCUUUUGA